UUCACUACUAUAGUAGCUGCUACCACUGCCAAGUCUAUCAUGAGGUUCACAAAACAAUCCCAAUUCAUUUGUCUGGCCUUGCUCUUCGUGUUGGGAGCUUGGCCUUCCAAAUCUGUCGCUCGUACCCUCCAGGAUGUGUCCACGUACGAGAGGCAUGAGCAAUGGAUGGCUCAGUAUGGACGUGUAUACAAGGAUGACGCUGAGAAGGAGACGCGUUACAACAUAUUCAAGGAAAACGUUGCACGCAUAGGUGCGUUUAACAGCCAAACCGGCAAAUCUUACAAACUCGGUGUCAAUCAAUUUGCAGAUCUGUCAAAUGAAGAAUUCAAAGCUUCACGUAAUAGAUUCAAGGGCCAUAUGUGCUCUCCACAAGCAGGUCCUUUCAGAUAUGAAAACGUUUCUGCAGUGCCAGCUACCAUGGACUGGAGAAAGAAAGGAGCCGUGACCCCCGUCAAGGACCAAGGACAGUGUGGUUGUUGUUGGGCAUUUUCGGCAGUGGCGGCAAUGGAAGGAAUCAAUCAGCUCACAACUGGUAAAUUGAUCUCCCUUUCAGAGCAAGAGGUUGUUGACUGUGACACCAAGGGUGAGGAUCAAGGAUGCAAUGGUGGUUUGAUGGAUGAUGCCUUCAAAUUCAUUGAACAAAACAAGGGCCUAACAACUGAGGCCAACUACCCAUAUACAGGAACAGAUGGAACUUGCAACACUCAAAAAGAAGCCACCCAUGCCGCAAAGAUAACCGGGUUCGAAGAUGUGCCAGCAAACAGCGAAGCUGCACUGAUGAAGGCUGUUGCUAAGCAACCAGUUUCUGUCGCCAUUGAAGCUGGUGGAUUUGAGUUCCAAUUCUACUCGAGUGGCAUCUUUACAGGAAGCUGCGGCACUCAACUAGACCAUGGUGUUACGGCUGUUGGUUACGGGAUCAGCGAUGGAACAAAAUAUUGGCUAGUGAAGAACUCAUGGGGUGCACAAUGGGGCGAGGAGGGAUACAUCAGAAUGCAGAAAGAUAUAUCUGCAAAGGAGGGACUCUGUGGCAUAGCAAUGCAAGCCUCUUACCCUUCUGCCUGAUCAGAUGUUCCAAUAUCUGAAGACAUGUCGGCUACUGCUGUCGACGGUUAUUUCU